AUGGUGCACGGCCUCUCCCAUUCCAGAUAUUUCUGGGCGUCCUAUCUCUACCGCUCUCAUUUAUCUUCCUCUCAUCUCUCUACCUUAUCCUCUGGAGUGCUGGGAGCGCAGGCAGCCGCUGCGAGCCACGCCGGCCGCCGCGUGGGUGCAGGAGUCCGGCCACCGGCCGCCGCCGCGCGGCGCUCGGGCCUCCGCCGGUCGCCGCCGCUGCGGGGCGCUCGGGUCGCGCUCGGGCCUGCCAACGCCUGGAACGCGCGCGGCAAGACCGCGGCCACGGCGGCCGCGACGCAAUCGGCAGUAGCCAGGCCUUGGUUGAGCCGGUGGGCGCGCGAUGUGACGGAGAGCCAUCGGUCCUCAACGACUCCGCCAUGGAAGAGCUCUGAUUCAACGAGAAAGGGUACCACUACUACCAUGGGCUCAAACUCCACGAGGACGAUGGCUACUUUCAGUUCCAGGAUUUCAGUGCUGACUACCUGCUCGGAGAGGAAACUCAUUUCUGUGCCAUUUCUUGUCCAGAGAGCAGCUUCUCUCAAGAAGAGCUUGGCUGCCUCUCCGAGGUCGACUUCGCCAGUUUCUGGGCUCUGGUGGAGGAGGAGGACGCGUGCCGCAAGAGCGAGGAAUGUCCGAGAAGUGGACCAGGGAAGAAGCAGGGAUUGCCGUUCGAGCUGGUGUCCCGGUAUUUCUCCAUGCCAAUCAAGCAGGCGGCGCGGGAGCUCGACGUUGGGCUCACGGUCUUGAAGCGGAGGUGCAGGGCGCUCGCGGCCUCCGCCGGCCGCCGCCGCCGCUUGGCGCUCGGUGCCUCCACCGGCCGCCACUGCGGGGCCCUCGGGCCGCCGCCGGCCGCCGCCGCACGUGAGGAUUUUUUCCUUCUUUUUUGAAACUUUUCUGAAAUAGAGAUUAUAUGGAUUGUAUUGAUUUAGAAGUAUUUGUGUUUGAUUCUUUGAAUGAUUUGUGGGAUCUGUAAAUUUUGUAUCGACUGAUUCAGUAUUUUGUGGUGGAUUCAGUACUACCUGUGAGGUGCAAGCGUAACAGGAGAGGAUGACGGGGCAUGUGAGCGGAACGGCAUGGGGAUAUUGGUACCGGUUGGUUAGCAACCGGUACCAAAGGGUACCUUAAGUACCGGGUGUUUUACCCGGUGUUAUAGGCAGUCACAUUAGUCUCGGUUUGGUAGUACCGGUUGCAAAACCGGUACCUAAGCUCAUUUUCAUCCGGUAGUGAGUGAUGGUUCUUUCUCUAGUAGUACUAUUCCAUCUCUAAUUAAUCGUUAGCAGCUGCAUGCUGCUUUGAUCCCGAUCGAAUUAAUUGCUUUUGCCACGCCCAACC